AUGUUUGCAUUCAGAAAUCGAGCAGUCACACAAACACUCCUGGUGCGACGAUACUCCACAAAGCGCAUCCCCCAGAACCUGACCGAGAAGAUCGUCCAGCGAUAUGCCGUCGGCCUUCCUGAAGGCAAGCAGGUCCAGAGUGGAGAUUAUGUUUCCAUUCGACCCAGCCACUGCAUGACACACGACAACUCAUGGCCCGUUGCCACCAAGUUCAAGGGCCUUGGAGCCAAGGCUGUCAAGGACAACCGGCAAGUGGUCAUGACUCUUGAUCACGAUGUCCAGAACAAGUCUGAGAAGAACCUAGAGAAGUAUGCCAACAUCGAGAACUUUGCCGGAGAGCAGGGCAUCGAUUUCUACCCCGCCGGCCGAGGUAUUGGCCACCAGGUUAUGGUCGAGGAGGGCUACGCUUUCCCUUACAACCUCACUGUCGCUUCUGACUCACACUCGAACAUGUAUGGAGGUAUCGGUUGCCUGGGUACACCCAUUGUCCGAACCGACGCUGCAUCCGUGUGGGCUACUGGACAGACUUGGUGGCAGAUUCCCCCUGUUGCUCGUGUCGAGCUUAAGGGCCAGCUUCCUGCCGGCGUGUUUGGUAAGGACGUGAUUAUCGCUCUCUGUGGUAUCUUCAACAACGACGAGGUUCUCAACCACGCCAUUGAGUUUGUUGGAGACGGUGUUGAGCACCUGUCUGUCGACGAGCGACUCACUAUUGCUAACAUGACCACCGAGUGGGGUGCCCUUACUGGUCUUUUCCCUGUUGAUGAGACUCUCCGACAGUGGUACGAGUACCGUCUGACUCGACUUCCUCAGCCUCAUGCUCGAGUGAAUGACGGCACUGUCGCUGCUCUCAAGGACGCUGUUCAGGCCGAUACCGACGCCAAGUAUGCCAAGAACCUGACCAUUGAUCUGUCUACUCUCUCUCCAUUCCUGUCUGGACCCAACUCCGUCAAGGUGUACAACUCCCUGGCUGAUCUGUCUGCCCAGGACAUCAAGAUCAACAAGGCCUACCUUGUGUCCUGCACCAACUCUCGACUGUCCGAUAUCGAGGCUGCUGCCAACGUGAUCAAGAACAACAAGGUCGCUGAAGGCGUCGAGUUCUAUGUCGCCGCUGCUUCUUCCUUUGUCCAGAAGGACGCCGAGGCCUCUGGAGCCUGGCAGACUCUCAUCAAUGCCGGAGCCAAGCCUCUCCCUGCCGGCUGUGGCCCCUGCAUCGGUCUCGGAACUGGUCUUCUCGAAGACGGCGAGGUCGGUAUCUCUGCUACCAACCGAAACUUCAAGGGCCGAAUGGGCUCCAAGGAUGCCUUGGCCUACCUGGCCUCUCCCGAGGUUGUCGCUGCUUCUGCUGUUCUCGGUAAGAUUGGUUUCCCCGAGGAAGUCUACGGCUCUCCCGUUCCCGGAGCUAAGGGUGUGUCUUCCUCCAUCUCAGUUACUGAGGCAGUUGAGGCAGAGGCUGAUGCCGAAGCUGCCGAGUCUGACCCUGCUCCUAGUGGAGGGGUCCUGGAUGGAUUCCCCGCACAGAUCACUGGAGAACUCGUCCUUUGUGACGCCGACAACAUCAAUACCGACGGUAUCUACCCCGGAAAGUACACCUACCAGGACGACGUGCCCCGAGAGAAGAUGGCCGAGGUGUGCAUGGAGAACUACGAUCCUGACUUUGGCUCUAAGACCGGCGCUGGAGACAUUAUUGUCUCUGGUUUCAACUUUGGUACCGGUUCUUCCCGAGAGCAGGCCGCCACCUGUAUUCUGGCCCGAGACAUGCAAUUGGUCAUUGCCGGCUCUUUUGGAAACAUCUUCUCCCGAAACUCCAUCAACAACGCCUUGCUGACUCUUGAGAUUCCUGCUCUCAUCAACAAACUGAGAAAGCGAUAUGAGGGACAGCCCGCUGAGCUGACCCGACGAACCGGCUGGUUCGCCACCUGGGAUGUGCCUGCCGCUACUGUCACCGUCACCGACGGCAAGAACGGACCCGUUAUUCUCAAGCAGAAGGUCGGAGAGCUCGGACAGAACCUCCAGGAGAUCAUCGUCAAGGGCGGCCUUGAGGGAUGGGUCAAGGCUCAGCUUUAA